AGGCAGCAGUACAGGGUGCAUUUAUAGUAAGAUCUGUGGCAUACGAGUAGCGUGUCUUAGCCUGAGUGAAACGGCCUCUUCCUUCACCAGGUUUGCUGGAAUACCAUUCAAAAUGGAGGCACAGAAGACAGAAGCGAGGGAAUGCGUGCGAAGUGGCAGCACAGCCUGCGUGCCGCAGUUCACCAACUCCCCCACCAUGAUCGUGAUGGUUGGCUUGCCCGCCCGGGGGAAAACCUACAUCUCUAAGAAGCUCACUCGCUAUCUCAACUGGAUCGGUGUGGUCACCAAAGUGUUCAACGUCGGGCAGUACCGCAGAAAGGCAGUUCCCACCUACGAGAGCUUUGAGUUUUUCCGGCCAGACAACGAGGAGGCCAUGAAGAUCCGCAAAGCCUGUGCCCUUGCUGCCUUGAGAGACAUACCUGUUUUCUUCAGUCAGGAGAAAGGACAAGUGGCAGUGUUUGAUGCCACCAACACCACACGUGAGCGCAGGGAGAUGAUCCAUCAGUUUGCCUUGGAGCACAGCUACAAGAUCUUCUUUGUGGAGUCCUUAUGUGAUGAUCCAGAUAUCAUUGCAGAAAACAUCAAGGAAGUGAAGCUCAGCUGCCCAGACUACAAGGGCCGUGACAUGAAAGAAACAGUGGAGGACUUCCUGAAGAGGAUCGAUUGCUACAAACGUGCCUAUGUGUCCCUGGAUGAGGAUUUUGACAGGAACUUGUCCUUCAUAAAGAUCUUUAACGUGGGCCGGCGAUACCUGGUGAACAGGGUCCUAGACCACAUCCAAAGCCGCAUCGUCUACUACCUCAUGAACAUCCACGUCACGCCACGCUCCAUUUACCUGUGUCGCCAUGGAGAGAGUGAGCUCAACCUACAAGGCCGAAUCGGAGGAGACUCUGACCUUUCACCGCGGGGUAGGAAGUUUGCCAGUGCACUAAGAGACUUCAUCCAGAGCCAGGCCAUUCAGGAUCUGAAAAUCUGGACCAGCCACCUGAAGCGCACCAUCCAGACCGCUCAGCCUGUGGGUGUACCCUACGAGCCCUGGAAGGCUCUCAAUGAGAUUGAUGCAGGAGUGUGUGAGGAAAUGAUGUAUGAGGAGAUACAGGAGAACUACCCAGAGGAAUUUGCCCUGCGAGACCAGGACAAAUACCGCUACCGCUACCCCAAAGGAGAGUCUUAUGAGGACCUGGUGCAGCGGUUGGAGCCAGUCAUCAUGGAGCUGGAGCGCCAGGAGAACGUGCUAGUGGUCUGUCACCAGGCCGUCAUGCGCUGCCUGCUGGCCUACUUCCUGGAUAAGAACGCAGAGGACCUGCCCUACCUCAAGUGCCCUCUCCACACAGUUCUGAAACUCACACCAGUGGCCUAUGGCUGCAAAGUGGAAUCCUUUUGCUUGAAUGUUGAAGCAGUGAACACACACAGAGAGAAGCCUGUGAAUGUGUGUGUGACCAGAGACACAGAAGACGCCUUACUGACCGUCCCAGACCACUUUUGAAUGGAGCAGGCGGAAGAGAUGCAGCACCUGCAGUGUCCACAGUGCCCUGCGGUUGCAGAUUUAUGUUGAAGUUGCUUUAUGCCAUCUUUUGUAAAUGUAUGACUGCGGCAAUGUAUGUUGUUUUACCUUAAAGUAGCUGCGCGAGCGUGUAUGUGUGCGCGCGUGUGCGUAUGCGUGUGUGCGCAUGUGUGCCUGGAGAAGGUGCUGGAGGUGUGUUUCAGGGAACUCUUUCAUAUUUGGAAAGCCAGGAAAUGUACUGUUCAUGCUGGUUACAUCGACUCCGAAAGGAACUUCCCGCAUGCUGGCUGAUGCCGUGGCAGUCAGUGAAGCUGCAAGCACAAUAAGAAGCCUUAUGAAGCCUUGUGAACUGUACAGGACAGCUCAAGGAAUCACUGCUUUCUGUGUCCGGUGAAGUGGAAGACAGAAUUCCCAGGAUUCAUCCCAGCAGACACUUCCCCACCCUCUGCCCUGGAACCUCUUCUAGCUCUACCGAAAGCCUCAGAACACAUUCUGACUGUAUCUCUGGCCUGGAACCCCUUCUGGCUCUACCCAAAGCCUCAGAACACAUUCUGACUGUACCUCCGGCCUGGAACCUGUUCGAACUCUACUCGAGACCUCAGAACACAUUCUGACAGUACCUCUGGCCCAAAACCCAUUCUAGCUCUACCCGAAGCUUCAGAACACAUUCUGACUGUACUUCUGACACCAGUUUUAGUCAUUUAUUAAACGAACGUACAAAAAUACAGAACAUACACAGGCUAAUAUAACUGGGGAAGCUACAGGAAGUAUGAGAGUUUGUAUGAGUGUGUGAGUGUGAGUGUUAGUGUACACUUGUGUGCCUGUAAAUGCAUGUGCGUGUACUUGUGUUAUUUUAACAAAGGAGAAAACAAAUUUAGCUUGUUGCUUGCGUUUGUGUAGUGGUAUCCAUGUCUGAAGAACCUAAUUUGGCUGCAAGUGAGAGCGAAGCAUAGCUUCAACUUAUAAGCGCAACAAUAACUAAUAGCUGGUUAUUCACUGACUACUGGUAGUAUUAAGAUUGUAAGAUCGUUAGAGUUUGAGUUGGAGAGUUAGCUGGAAGGAAAGACAGACCACGUGUGGUUACACUAUGAGUAGACAGUGAGCCGAUUCAAGUAAUUGCACAGCUAACAACUCAGUCAGUUGAUCAGACAAAUAGGAACAAAAAUAAUCACAUUAAUCUUAAUUAAGACUAAGCUAAACUGCAGCUACUGCCUGGGAUGUUUAGUGAGUCUUAUGGCGAUUCUUCCAUGUGUUGUACCUGGUCCCUGUGGGCUUUUGGGAGAGCACGACUGUGGAGUUGGGAACUGUGGAGGUUUCCAAUGGUGGAGGUUUUGUCUUGUUCGGUCGUCUGAAGAUGUCCUUUUUCUGCUUGGAAAAAGUUUGUUUUGCUGCUUAGAAAAA